GGAGCUGUUUGUGCAAGUGAUGGAGACUUGCAAGAAGAAACUGGGAGUGGACCAUCCUUCCACGCUGACCAGCAUGGCUAAUCUUGCUUGGACAUGGAAAAGCUUAGAGAGAAGUGCUGAAGCUAUAGGCUUACUGCAGGAGUGCGUUCAUCUUCGCUGUCAGACUCUUCGAGCAGGGCAUCCUGAUCUAGUAUCUUCUCAAGAAACCUUGGCUGCAUGGGAAGUAGAGCAAGCAGGUAGAAAUCUUGCGAUGAGUUAA